UGCGCGGCGCUCCGGGACCAUGGCCGACCCUCGCGUGCGGCAGAUCAAGAUCAAGACCGGCGUGGUGAAGCGAUUGGUCAAAGAAAAAGUGAUGUAUGAAAAAGAAGCAAAACAACAAGAAGAAAAGAUUGAAAAAAUGAGAGCUGAAGAUGGUGAAAAUUAUGCCAUUAAAAAGCAGGCGGAGAUCCUGCAGGAGUCCCGCAUGAUGAUCCCGGAUUGCCAGCGCAGGCUGGAAGCCGCCUACGCCGACCUUCAGCAGAUACUAGAAAGUGAAAAAGACUUGGAAGAAGCCGAGGAGUACAAGGAGGCCCGGCUAGUCCUGGACUCGGUGAAGCUGGAAGCCUGAAACCUGUCUACGACGCACAGGCUGCUUUUCGCGCUAAAGCCUGGGGUCCACUCUGCAGUUCGUUACUGACCACUGCUCUGUUCAGUGUGGUUGUUCUUAUGCAGUUACAUAUAUUUUUCUUUGCCUAAUUUAGUGCAUCAAUGAGUUUAUCUAAUAAGCUUGUUUAUUUCAGAUUUUAUAAAUA